GGAAGCUCCCGCGGAGUGCCGGCUGAGGACACUACCUGUUGAGCCUGUGGGCACAGGUAGGGGCGGCAGCUCUAACUCCAGAAGGUCCAGUGGGCAGCUCCCCAGAUGUGGAAAACAGCACUUGGAGAAGGGAGGAGGCUGCCCAAGGGUCCUGCGCUGGCAGAUUGGCAGGCAAGCCAGGGCUAGACCACGUCUAGGCACCUGCCAUCUGCCGCUAUCCAUGCAAAAGUGCUCAGAGGCUUGACACAAACCACUGCCUCCCUCCACCAAUACGAGCCAUGAACUACGUGGGACAACUGGCUGAGACGGUGUUUGGGACAGUGAAGGAUCUGUACAGGGGCCUGAAUCCAGCCACGCUGAGCGGCAGCAUCGAUGUGCUGGUGGUGAAGCAGGCUGACGGCUCAUUCCAGUGCUCACCCUUCCAUGUGCGUUUUGGCAAGCUGGGUGUCCUACGGUCUCGGGAGAAGGUGGUGGACAUCGAGAUCAAUGGGGAACCUGUGGACUUGUACAUGAAGCUGGGGGACAGUGGGGAGGCCUUCUUCGUGCAGGAGCUGGACAGCGAUGAGGAGCCUGUGCCUCCCCGCCUGUGCACCUCCCCCAUCCCGUGGGGGGGCCUGUCAGACCUCCCCUCGGACUCCCGUCAGGACACAGCCAGCAAGCCUGAGGGCCUUGUCACCUCGGGCAUGGCCUCCAUGGGGCGGAGGAAGAGGCGUCGCAGGAGGAAACCCAGGCGGAAGGAGGAUAUGUUGGCAACCGAGUCUAGUUCAGAGGAGCUGGAGCCAGGCACUGAGAGUGAGCUGUCCCUGCUAGAGAAGCCAAGGCCAGAGCCUCCAGGCGUCCAGUUGGAAGGGGAGUCCUCACCACAGCCCAAAGACAUCUACCCCUACUCGGAUGGUGACUGGGGCCCCCAGGCCAGCCUCUCAGGGGGCGAGCUAGCAUCCCCUAAGAGCGACUCAGAGCUGGAGCUGCGGGCCCCGGAGCCCAGUGCGCUGAGAGCAGAGUCCCACAUGCAGUGGGCCUGGGGGAGGCUGCCUAAGGUGGCCAAAGCUGAGCAGCCAGAAUCCUUGAUGGUCCUUGAAGGCAGCAUGGGGGCCACCUCUCCUCCUCAGGGAGGACCCAGCACGCCCUCCGCUUCUGUGGCUGGCAUGGACCCUUCAGGUCCCACAAUCCUGGUAACUGGUACUGGUGCUACCCACCAGCUUCAGUCUGACACAGGGGACCCUGCUCUGGUGGGUCUCCCUCUUCACACCCCAGAGCUUCAGGAAACCAAGACUCAGAGUUCCAGGGAUGCAGGCCUCCUUCCAGCUUCUAAAUCAUGGAGCUGGGCCACUCUGGAAGGCCCAGUUCCCACUGCGCAGCCAGAGGGAGCUUCCAGGGGCUCCCUGAAGAGAAGCCAGCACCUGGGCCCCAGUGACAUCUACCUGGACGACUUGACCUCCCUGGACUCUGAGAAUGCAGCACUUUAUUUCCCCCAGAGGUGCCUGGGUUCCGGGUGCCAUGGUGUUUUGGGUUGGGGCCAUUGUCAAGGGCCUAGGAGGAGGGCGGACCCACCUCUCACCCUCCUUGUGUUCAUGUUACUUGUUGGCCCCUUUGUCCCCAGUGACCGUGGGCUGGGUGUCAGAAGAUGGAGUGAACCCAGCACCCAGAAGCCUCUGGGGGACCCCAACCCCGAGCACAUGCCAGAACUCCUUCCAGACACAGCAGACACCAUAUCACUGUCCCUCUGUGGUGGACUGGCUGACAGCCAGGACAUCUCCCUGGAGAAGUUCAACCAGCACAUCGUCUCCUACCAGGACUUCACCAAAAACCCCAGUCUCCUGGAGGACCCAAAUUUGGUGGUGAAAAUCAAUGGGAAGCAUUAUAACUGGGCUGUGGCCGCUCCCAUGGUCCUCUGCCUGCAAGCCUUCCAGAAAAACCUGCCCAAGAGCACCGUGGUCAAGCUGGAGAAGGAGAAGAUGCCUCGGAAGGGCGGGCGGUGGUGGUUUUCCUGGCGGCGCAGGGACUUCCCGGCUGAGGAGCACAGCGCUCAGAAGGAGAAAACCACAGCCAAGGAGGAGCAGGGGGAGAAGGUCAACAUCCUAAGCAGCGAUGACGACACUCCAGACAGCCCUGUGAUCCUUGAGGUCCCCUCCCCACCACCUUCAACUCCAGUCCACACUCCUACCUACAAGAAGUCCCUCCGGCUGUCCUCGGAGCAGAUCAGGCGCCUGAACCUGCAAGAAGGAGCCAACGAUGUGGUCUUCAGUGUGACCACCCAGUACCAGGGCACCUGCCGCUGCAAGGCCACCAUCUACCUGUGGAAAUGGGACGACAAGGUGGUCAUCUCUGACAUCGAUGGCACCAUCACCAAGUCAGAUGCUCUGGGCCAUAUUCUGCCCCAGCUGGGGAAAGACUGGACACACCAGGGCAUCACCAGUCUCUACCACAAAAUCCACCUGAAUGGGUACAAGUUCCUCUAUUGCUCAGCCCGGGCCAUCGGCAUGGCUGACCUCACCAAGGGAUACCUGCAGUGGGUGAGCGAGCGGGGCUGUGGCCUCCCUAAGGGCCCCAUCCUACUGUCUCCCAGCAGCUUCUUCUCUGCCCUCCACAGAGAUGUGAUUGAGAAGAAGCCAGAGGUGUUCAAGAUCGCCUGCCUGAGUGACAUCCAGCAGCUGUUCCGGCCCCAGGCGCAGCCCUUCCAUGCUGCCUUUGGGAACAGGUCCAAUGAUGUCUUUGCCUAUCGGCAGGUAGGCCUCCCUGAGUCCCGCAUCUUCACAGUCAACCCCCGGGGGGAGCUCAUCCAGGAGCUCUUGAAGAACCACAAAUCCACGUAUGAGCGGCUCAGUGAGGUGGUCGAGCUCCUCUUCCCACCUACUACCCGUGGCCCAAGCACAGACCUGGCCAACCCUGAAUACAGCAACUUCUGCUACUGGCGGGAGCCACUGCCCACUGUGGACCUUGACACCCUGGCUUGACCCUUUCCCGCUGCUCGCUCCUCCCUGGCCUAGCCCAGGACUGAUCAGGUGUCCCGAGGCAUAGCGAGUUGGAAGUGCCACAGGGACAACCCACUGAAGGAAAAGAAGGGGUGGCAGGUUGACGGGUAGCCACAGACCUUCCCUCCUCACCUCUGCCAGCUAAGCUACAGCUGCUCCAGGGCCUUCUUGUGGCCUUGGCCUGGAGGGGUGACAUGUUUGUCAUCUGGGCCCUUAUGGGUUCUCCAUGUCCUUAAUAUCUGUCCCUGCCCACCUGGGACCUUGCCUCAACUUCUGAGAGGGCAGCCUGACUGAGGUGUGAGGCCUACCUGCACAGGGCAGUGUUGGUGGCAGCAGUGGGGGUGCAGCUGAGUAGCAUCUAGAAAGGACAGUGUUCCCUUGCCCCACUGCCGAGAGCCAGACAGUAUUCCCCGCUCCAUGAAGCCAGACAUCUCUGCUGGUGCCCUGGCAUCUUAACACAUGACAGACAUUCACACACCUAGACGCUCCCAGGCCCUGUCCUUACAGGGGAGCAUGGCUCUGGUUGGCUUCGCUCCCAAUGACUGGGCUCCAAACCCAGCCUUCCCCAGCCUCUGUUGGUCCCCUCGGUGCCUACAGCUGCUGCAUGAGCUCUUGCCUGAGUGGCUGUGGGGAGCAGGCUGAGGCCCCUGCAGCCUUCCCUCCCUCUGCCUUUGGUGAAGAAAGUUCCUUUAGACUAGCUAAAAGCUUUAAUCCAGAGCUGCCUUCCUCCAGCAGCACCAAAAUGGAGGACAGAAUGCCCAGUGUCCAGAAACCUACAGACCAGCACAGCAGGGCCUGUGCUGCUGGGGGAGAAACUGAGGCUGGGGGCCCCAGCAGAGUCAGGCAUCAGAGUCUCUGGGACUGUACAGGCCUAAGGAACGCUUGGCAUUUUCAAGUUUUCCCUUGAUGAUUUCAUACCUGAAUUUCUCACCUUUUGUGAAUAUCCUGCCAGGGUGAGGGUUGUGCAAGGGUGUUCACAGCAAGGUCUGGACCCCUUUCCCUCCAGCUCUGGGCUCCUUCUCAGGAUCAGGCCCUGAUGUACACUAGGGGCAUUCUCUGGAGAGAGGCCCUGAUUCAGAGGAAAAAGGCUAUCUGGGCACCCAAGGGCCCUGGAAACAUCUUUGUGUGAAGGCAAAGGAUAAAUAGUUAUGACCUGGAUCCAAUUCCUUCCUCUGGGAUUCUAUAGCUGACUAAGCCCUCACCUUGGGGGAGGAUCAAAAGGAAUAAAGAGAACUCUUUGAAUGAGUCCUUGUGCUUCUGUUCUGUCUUGAAGGAUGUGUGUGGGAGCUGGAAACAUCUGGUAGCCUCUGCCAGGUAUGAGGGCAGAUCUGUUGGGCAUCACCCUCCCACAGAACCCUAGCCCAGGUGGCUGGGGAGAGAAGCCUGCAAGGGCUGGCAACCAUUGCUUGUGGGCAAAGGGCAGUGAGCCUGGGCUACUGUCUUGAGAAUGGACGUGGAGGUCUUUGCACAGUUGCUGACUCAAGUUUGCACACAGUGGAAUGUGAGGGCUCUUGAGUCCACCCUGACCUUCAGGCAUGCUGUCCCUGCCUUGACUGUUAUCCUGAUUGUCCAGUUUGUGCAGCACUGAGCAUGGAUUUUAGUGGCUGGGACAGCCACCACCAUGUGGAGGUGGUGCCAAGCCCAUUCCUUCGAUGGCCAGGGAAGUGGCAUCUGGGCUGGCCAGGGGCAGCAGAAAGGCACUACUGGGUAAGACUGU